AUGCAAGAUUUAAUAGAUAAGAUACAAACAUCAGAAAACUUGCUUGAGUCAUUGAAUAAAUUAGGUGAUGAAUUAAGACAAGAUUCAAAUAGAAUAUCAAUUUAUGAUCAAUUACCUAUACUUGUACCUAAUUUUAGUAAAUUUUUAUUACAAUCAUCUAUAAAAUUACAAUUGGAAACAUUAAGAGUAUUAAUUAAUAUACUGGCUAAUAAUGAUCAAAAUAGAAAUUAUUUAACUGAUGAUUCUGAUCAUCAUGUAAUUGGAUUAUGGUCAGUUAUUAAAAAUCAUCUUGAUAUUAUGAAUGAUGUAACAAAAUUUGUCUUUAUUUUUUUAAAUCAAUUUAUUUAUAAUACUCAAAAUAAAGAAAAAUAUAUUAGAUUCUUAUAUGGUCAAAAUAUUCAAGAGAAAUUAUAUCCAAUUAUAACUGAUGAAACAUGGAAUGAAAUUGGGGAAUUUAUUUAUGAAUUAUUAUCAUUAACAAAUGAUAAAUCAAUUAAAGACGAAGAGUUUAUUAAAUCAUGUAUUGAUAUUGAUAUUAGUAUUGAUAAUGAAGAUGAAGAUGAAGAUGAAGAAAGUGAAUCCAUUUGGGUUGAUUUAUUAAGUUUGAAUAAACCAUCUAAUAUACUUUACCAACGAGUUUUGGAAAUAAUUCCAAAGAAACAAUCUUCAUUAAUUAAACGAAAAUUAUUCUCCCUUGCUUGUGAUUUAGCAGUUGAUGAUGAAUCUUUAAAAGUUGCACUUGAUAAUAUAAAUAAAGCCACUGAUCCAUAUGUGUUUUCUACAUAUUGUAUUACUAUUGGGAAUUCAAUUCAUGAUAAGGCAUCAUUUGAAGAAACACGCGGUUUAGUUGAAUUGAAUUUAGGUAUUGUAAAAUUACAAGAAUUAUAUUUCAUAAAGAAUAAAAUAACAGAUGUUGUUCAAAUCCAAUCAAUUCAUAUGUGGAAUAAUUUAUUAGAUGAAAAAUCAACUAAGGAAAUAUUAACCGAAUAUAUGAAUCAAUUAAUAGCAAUUUCAAAAAUUAUCAUUGAUAAUGGAAAUUAUUAUAAGGAAAUCGCAACCCUUUAUUAUAAAUUCAUCAAAAAAUUAAUCCGAUUAUCAGAAACUCCACCAGCUGAUUUAAUUCAAUUUAUCUUGGACAAUGAUCAAGGGCAAUCAGUAUUAGAAAUAAAAUACUUGUUGCUUCAAUCAUACCCAGAAGCAUAUUUGGAACUUAUUGGAGAAAUUGUACAAAAUGUGAAUACUACAAAUGUGUUGGAACAAUUGAAAACAUUAGGAAUAAUUAAUAAAUCAUUAGAAUCAGGUAGAUUAAAAUUAGAAGAUUCUCAUGAUAAGUAUGUGAAGCCACUUGGUCAAGUGUUAUCUCAAUUAUCUAAUGAAUUGGAUAACCAGAAAGGUAAUAAUACUUCAUGGGAAUUUAGAGCCUUUGAGAAUAAUUUAAAAUAUGUUGCUGGUACCACUAUUAAUCUUUUAAAAGAAACUGACACCGAUAUUUUAAAUACUUGUAACCAUAUACUUGAAUAG